UAGUAACAUGGCGCACCAAGCAAGCAAAUGGACGUGUAGAAGUUUUUUAUUAUAUCAUUCAUACUUUUUCUUUUGACUAUAUAAGUAUCGUAGAAGAUAAAACACCGACAAAGGGUGCGGUCAUCAAUACACAUGCAUUCCUCUCACCCUCAUCUUCUCCAUCUCAACUCCAAAUCACCAUUCUCUUUAUAUUAUCAUUUCCUUUCAAUAUUUUCUCAAUUGUUUUCUCUCCUGCACUUUUUUUUUUAUUCCUUUGAAGUUCAACCAAACAGUCCACAGCGUUGAAAAUGGCAAAUUCCAUUCCAAUGCUACUCACACUUUUCUCUACUUUUCUCCUCCUCAUCUUGCAUUCCAAAGUUGCAAUGACCACAGCAACUACAACAGCCGAGUCCAAAGACCAAACAUUCUGCAACCAAAUGUGCACAGAAUGUGAAAACCCUUGUCAGCCACCACCGUCACCACCCCCACCUGUGGUUGAAUGCCCGCCGCCACCAUCGCCUCCACCACCUCCUUCUCUUCCACCGCCUGCUCCUACUGUCCCCGAAUGCCCUCCACCUCCAGUUCCUCCUUGUCAAGAAAGUUGCGGCACGCCAUCAGGUGGCGGCGGUGGUGGCGGCAGUGGGGGUGGUGGUGGUAACAGUAAUAAUGGAAAUGGAAAUGGUGGUGGAGGUGGAUCCAAUCCGAAACUGCCGCCGUACGGUCCACUUAUUCCAGCACCUCCGAAUCCAAUAGUCCCAUAUUUUCCCUAUUACUAUUACAAUCCACCUCUACCUUCAGACUCUUUUCAUCCAAGGGUGCAGCCUGCUGUGACCCUCAAUCUUAUUAUCCUGAUCAUCUUCCUUUUCUUCUUCUAAGCAAUUAAUUAAAUUCACAAAUAACUAUGGAGUAGUGCUCAUUUCUCCGAUCUCUCUGCCGUACGUUCUUUUAAAAUUCUAUUUUUAAUUAGCAAUUAUAUCUCUAAAUUUAGUUAAUUAGAAAUCUCUAGAAGAAAAGAAAUGUGAUCUAUUAAGAAUUAUUUGCGAUUGGCACACCACAUGGCUUCCCAAAUGGAAUUAGCCAACAAGAAGAAUAAGGUUAGCUGUCUGUGAAUUAUCUUUUUACUAAGUGUAAUUUGUCCAUUUGGUUUAUUUAGCAUUGUUUGUAAUAAACAAGCAUUAUGUAACUUUGCUGUUGAGUUUAUGUUUGUGAAAUAAUUUUUUGAAAGCUC